AUGCUCACGCGAGCGCUGACGCCAAACAAGGCCAAGCUCGAUGGUGUUGGAGUCAUCAAGCCCCAUGUGUGGAAGACCCGCGUCGGUCUGCUGGACAUGGACCUGAAUGUGCACUUGAACAACGCGUCAUACCUCUACAACAUGGAACUCGCGCGGUGGCACUUGUCUGGGCUGAAUGGAAUGCUCCAUCAUUGCUUUUCGAAGCGGUGGAUGCUCCUCGUCGGGUCGCAGAGUAUUCGAUAUCGCCAUUCGAUUGCACCGUUCCAGGCGUACGAAAUCCACUCGGACAUUGUGCAUUGGGACGACCAGUGGUUUUACUUUAUACAUCGGUUUGUGUGCCCGACAACGGGAAAGCUCUUUGCCGAAGGGCUCACUCGAGGCAUGGUCAAGGACUCGAACCGGCAAACCAUCAAGUUCAUAGACGUGACGAAACAAUUGGGACUCGGCACACCAGCCUCCAAGCCCAUGCCUGACGUCGUAAAGACAUUUUUGGAAUGGGACGCCGCCACCAAGGCCAGCACGGCAGCGUGGAAUCCCGCUGACCACAUCGAUGAUAAACGCCCCAAGUUUCUUCAAGGCGUCAACUUCAUCAAGUAG